UAUUGGGCUUGAUCUCGUUCGAUUACGGCCCCUUCCCCAUACCACCACACAAAAUUAAGCUGCGUGCGAGCGUGCGAGGAUUUUUCUUGUAUAAAAUCGUUGCGUAAAUCAACAGCAACAUGUCAACGCCACAGCAGCAGCAACAGUCGCAACAUGUGCGCGUGGUCGGGCAGCAGCAGCAGCAGCAACAACAACAAGAGGCUGUGACCCCCACUUUGGAAUCGGAAUCCAUCUCGGCCAGCAAGGAGCUAACCGGUUUGACCCACGAGUGUGGCGUUUUUGGGGCCAUCGCUUGCGGGGAUUGGCCAGCACAAAUGGACAUUGCACACGUGAUUUGCUUGGGACUGGUGGCACUGCAACAUCGCGGUCAGGAAUCCGCGGGUAUAGCCACUAGCGAGGGCAACUGCUCCAAGAACUUCAACGUGCACAAGGGCAUGGGCAUGAUCAGCACCCUCUUCAACGAUGAUUCCAUGAAGAAGCUGCGCGGCAAUCUGGGCAUCGGACACACGCGCUACUCCACCGCCGGCGGCUCAGGAGUGGUCAACUGCCAGCCCUUUGUGGUGCACACGGCUCAUGGAGCACUGGCCCUGGCCCACAAUGGCGAGCUGGUGAACAACGAAUCUCUGCGGCGGGAGGUUCUGGCCAGGGGAGUGGGUUUGUCCACCCACAGCGACAGUGAGUUGAUCGCCCAAUCGCUGUGCUGUGCGCCGGAGGAUGUUUCCGAACUGGAUGGCCCCAACUGGCCGGCCAGAAUCAGGCAUUUCAUGAUGCUGGCGCCGCUCUCCUACUCGCUGGUGAUCAUGCUGAAGGACAAGAUCUACGCCGUGAGGGACACCUAUGGCAACAGGCCAUUGUGCAUAGGAAAGAUUGUUCCCAUCAAUGCUGGGCAUGGCAAUAGCGCUGAAACUCCCGCUGAUGGCUGGGUGGUUUCCAGUGAGAGCUGCGGAUUCCUCUCCAUCGGAGCCAGAUACGUACGAGAAGUGGAGCCAGGGGAGAUUGUGGAACUCUCGCGGAGUGGCUACCGCACGGUGGACAUCGUGGAAAGGCCCGACUUCAAGCGCAUGGCGUUUUGUAUCUUUGAGUACGUUUACUUCGCCCGCGGCGAUAGUAUCUUCGAGGGCCAGAUGGUCUACACAGUGCGUCUGCAGUGCGGCAGGCAGCUGUGGCGUGAGGCUCCCGUGACGGCCGACAUCGUGAGUUCCGUUCCCGAAUCCGGCACGGCGGCGGCUCAUGGCUAUGCCCGUGAGUCUGGCAUUGAGUUUGCCGAGGUUCUCUGCAGAAAUCGUUACGUAGGACGCACUUUUAUUCAACCCUCGACCAGGUUGCGGCAGCUGGGAGUGGCCAAGAAGUUUGGGGCUCUGUCCGAGAACGUGGCUGGCAAGAGGUUGGUCCUGAUAGACGAUUCCAUCGUGCGAGGCAACACCAUUGGACCCAUCAUUAAGCUGCUGCGCGAUGCCGGCGCCCGGGAGGUGCACAUUCGCAUUGCCAGCCCGCCGCUGCAGUAUCCCUGUUAUAUGGGCAUCAAUAUUCCAACUCGUGAGGAAUUGAUUGCCAACAAACUGAAUGCCGCACAAUUAGCCAGGCAUGUGGGCGCCGACAGUCUAGCUUAUCUAAGUGUGGGGGGACUGGUGGAAGCUGUCCAGUUGAAGCACCGAGAUGCAGCGGACAACAAGUCCAAGCCCACGGGUCACUGCACCGCCUGUCUCACUGGAGAAUAUCCCGGUGGGCUGCCCGAUGAGCUGAGUUGGUGAUUCCAAAUGAAGUUCCAAGUUCCAAACGUUGGGAAUUGGCCUUUGGAAACCAGUUUUUUACUCUUUUGCCCACCACAAACGAAAAAAGUAACUCAUGCAGUAUCACCAAGCCAUAGAAGGCGUCAAAUUGCUGUCACAAAAUUUUUGCAUUUAGUUUAUCUAGAGUUAAAACCCUCCCAUUCCUAUUUACACACCUACCUUCUACCUUCUUAGUUCUUAAGUGAAAAGCUAACGUGCUUUCUCAAACUAAAAUACCUUGAUUUAAAACGUGUUGUUUUGUCUCUGGAACUUCACACUUAUAGUACAAAAUAUAAUCCUCUUUGUUGCCCAUCUUGAAUAUCUGUAAAAUGUGAUUGCGAAUGCCAAUAAUAAAGACAUUUAGACUAUGAUCAUAGA